GGCGCUGCCCCGCUCUCCCUCACCCUACUGUCCCAGUCCUGAUCCUUCCUCCCUGUCCCGCCCUGAUCCUUAUCCCCUGUCCCAGCCCUGUCCCCCAUCCCUUCUCCCAGCCCUGUCCCUCACGCCCGGUCCCAGCCCCGAUCCCCACCUGAGGUCCCAUCUCCCCAGUGCACUGCAGGCAGCCCCCGGGAUGCCCGGGAAACAUGGCCCAUUGCAGACCCCAUAACUCUCCCCGCUGUGCAGUCACAGGGCGGUGUGUCAGCCCUUGGGUGCAGGGGCAGUUCCAGGGAUUCCUGGAUGCUUGGUGCGCAAGUCUGCCUUGCUUUAUAUAACAGGUGUCUGGUGCUCACAAGUGCUGGGCACUGUUCUUCAUGGUUGCCUGCAAGCCCCUGGCAUCCUCAUCUAUCCUUCACAUCACCUGCGAGUUCUGUGUGCUGCCUGCUGUGGGGCUGUCACAGCCCUAGAGUGGCCCAUGGCCUGAUGCUGGUGACCAGAUACGUCUCUUGCACAUUUUGGGGUGGUUACCCCAGUCACUUGCUUUCUGGUGUAAGUGCACUAUAGAGCUCUGGGCCUUGCUUUUCAGGCUGCUCCUGCUCCCCAGGUAGCUGAUUUGGGUUAUUUUACCUUCAUUUUCCCAGGCAGGGUCUUGCUUUGUGUCCUGCUUACAUUUAUUGGAUCCUUUCAACAGUGUCUUCUCUGGAUGGUGUUUACAACAGCUCACUGCUCCAUAUCCUCUGCUAAUUUAAUGACAAUUCAUUAUACAAGUAAAAGUUGGAGAAAUGGCGUAAAACAAGACCCUGAAGUUCAGCUAAGUUGGUUCUUGCUUGCCUCAUCAAAAAGCUUUGCCCAAUGAUUCUUCUGAAAUAACUCCUCUGGGCAAACCAGUGUCCAUCAUUCAUUGUGUUGGUAUGCAGGCUCCUGUAACUGCCCGUUUAGUUCUGGACCAGGGAUAGGAACAGGGUUUAUCCUGUCCUCAGCUCUGGUUUUGUUCUUUCUUGCAGAGAAAAACAGUGCCUUGUUUGCUCUACCCAUCGCUAGGGCCCUGGUUUCUUGGCACUGUGUGUCAGCAGGUUAAUAGGUUCAUCAUCGCACUGGCCAGGCUGGCCAGGUGACUGUGUCUGUGUGGACAUGCUGUUUUUGCUUUUCCUGCAGCUGUUUUUGCAAGGCCUCUGCCUCAUUUGCAUUUUUCUGUUUAAAAACAGUGAUUUUUCCCUUUUGAGUCAUCUUUAUUUUUGAGCCAUCAUUAAUUUUCUCUCCCUCCUGGUUUAUUAAUAGACCUUUUCACUUUUGUGCUGAUUCUGCCUGGGUAUAUUUGUAAAGUCCUUUGUAUUCCCCUUAACAUUCUGGCUGUUAACUCCUUCUGCUGGUUUGUUGUCCCUUUCCUCUCCCCUGCCCCCCUGCAGCUGAGAGAGGACAUUAUUGACUUACAAAUCAUCUUCUUGUCUUGAAUGUUCCCCUUCUCUUGUUCCAGGUAUCUCCUAAGAGCAUCUAUUCCAGGUGUCUCCUAAGAGUACUGGAAGUGAAAGGCAUGAUUGAAAUCUCUCUCAGUGCCUUUGAUGCUUUUGCCACCUCCUCACAUAGCCGGUGUUUGCUGUGGCUGCUGGCGAGCUCUUUCUCCUGGCAGCAGGGGACAGGACAUCUUAAAGCCCACGGGGCUGUGGGCAGGAGUUGGAUGGAGUGCAGCUCUUUGCUCCUUGAAUGCUUUGCUUUCCUUUGCACCAGUGGCUGUGUUCAUGCCUUUGCUCUGUCUCCACCAGGUCCUUUCCUGGCCCCGUUGCCUGCUGCUGAGCCAGGUGGCCUAGGCUGGAGCUCUGCUGAGAGCAGGCGAGGUACAGGAUAACCAAAACCUCUGACAGUCCUUGCCUGGGCUGCCAGGGGCUGGUGCUGUGCAGUUGGCAGUGCUGGCACCAUGCAGCAGGAGGCGGAGGGCAGCCGGGUGCGCCGCAGGAAGCCCGACAUGGCCCUCUACGUGCCCAAAGCGCGGCGGGAGAGAGAGGCACAAGCGACAGGUGACCCACGGGCUGGGCACCGCCGGGAGCCUGAGAACCACCGCCUGGAGCCUGAGAACCACAGCCUGGUGCAGGACUCUGGCUGGGCCAGUGGCGAGGGGCAGAGGAGAAGCCCCCGUGCCAGAACACAGGCAGGCAGAGCGGCAAGGAGGGAGAACAAGGUGGAUGCCGGCCCAAAGGAGCUGCGGGCAGCCUCUGCCAGACACAGCCAUAGGACGAAAGGCAGCUGCCCUAUUGCACCGGAAAGCCUGGAGGCAUCAUCCAGCAUGUGUGAGCCAUGCACAGAUCCAGCUGUCGCUCAGCCCUGGGACAGGCACAACAAAGGAUCUCAUGAAGAACCUGGAGAGCUCAGCCAUGGCCACAGAAUGAUAAGGACUGAGCCUGACCCUCCAUCCCCACAGAGUGCCCAGGCUGGGGCUGUGAAGGCUACCCCUGAGCCUCAGGAUAACCCCACUAGCCCAACACCUGCUGCUAGCCGAGCACUGGUUUGUCAGACAGGCCAGAGUGGCAUGUUGGAGCACUUGGGGAACAGCACCCUAGUUCCAGCUGGGGACCUCUCCCAAAGCCUGGGAGAGGCUGUCCUGCAGUCAGCAGGGGUGGGCAACUCUGGCAGGGUGCCCCACUUGGUGGGGGAGACAGUGGGUCCAAAAGCCUGGGAGGUGGAGAGGGAGGAGGAGAGGUCUGUCCUGGCAGAGCAGAGCAAGGAUUGUGCCACUGGGGUGUGUGAGGAAGAGGAGACAUCGGGAGGCAGGGCUGAGCUUCCUGGGGAGAGCACCUUGUGUGCACCAGCAGCCAGCUGUGAACCUGUGUUCUUGAGGGGUAGCGUGGGCAAUGUUCCAGUACUCCCAGGGGGGAGCACUCCACAGCAGGGCAUGGGCAGUUCAUCCCAGCUCCCACCUGUCACAGAGGAGAGCACUGCUGGUGCUGGGGAUCCCACUGGGGAGAGUGGCCUGGUGCCUGCUGUAGAGGAAGCGGGCAGCACUUCUGCCUGCACAGAUAGCAGCGCUGAGGCUGAGAGCAGCUCGUGGGAGGGAGCACCUCUGGAAAGUUGUGAGCCCCCACUGCCCCUAGAACUGCUGUGCCGUGGCAUGGAGGGGAUCUCGCCUGCCUUCUGGACCAACGAGCUGGCAGGGCCAGAUGAGGAUGUGGGCUCACUGCAGAAGCACCAGGAGGCUGAGAAAGAAGAGGGAGGUCUCCACAGCAGCUCCCAUGAGGAAGGACAGACCAGUGCCAGUGCUGAAACCCUGGGCCAGACCAGCCCAGGUGCUGAGGAGAGCUGGGACGUGCUGUUCAAUGAUGAUGGAGACUGCCUGGACCCACGCCUGCUGGAGGAGCUCUCAGGGGGUGAGAAGCACCAGGAGAGCCGGCAGUCACCCCGCUUCAACUACUACGGGGCCGAACCUGCUGCGCCAGACAUCAGCGAUGAUGAGCUGCCUCAUGUCAUCGAGAUCUACGAUUUCCCCUCGGAUUUCCGCACCGAGGAUCUGAUGCGUGUCUUCUGCAGCUAUCAGAAAAAAGGCUUUGAUAUUAAGUGGGUGGAUGAUACGCAUGCCCUGGGCAUCUUCUCCAGCCCUAUAACAGCACGAGAUGCCCUCAGCACCAAGCACCUGAUGGUGAAGACACGCCCACUGUCCCAGGGCACCCGCGCCUCUAAGGCCAAAGCCAGGGCAUAUGCUGAGUACCUGCAGCCAGCCAAGGAGCGCCCUGAAACAUCGGCUGUCCUGGCCAGGCGGCUGGUGAUUGGUGCCCUGGGGGUACGGAGCAACCAGACACCAGCCCAGCGAGAUGCUGAGCGGAGGAAGCUGCAAGAAGCUCAGGAGAGGAAGCGCCUGGAGAACAAGCAGCGGGAGGAUGCCUGGGAGGGCCGGGACUGAGCCAGGAGGCUGCACUUUCAGCCCAUGUCCCUCUCUACAGGCAGGCAGAGCAGUCUGCGUCUCAGAGCUGGGACAGAUUCUGCACUGCGUCCAAAAGCACUGGGCUGCUUCACCAAAAGGGCUGAGCAGCACACGGGCUGGUUGGUGCUGUGGGGAUGCUGUUGCUGUCAGGCAGCACUGCCCACCCUGCCCAGAGCAGAACCCCCAAGGCUGCCAGCCAUAGCAGGAACAGCAGCAGGAUGCAGGGAGCUCAGCAGAGAGCAUGGGGGGCUGUGUGGGGCGGCCCUGGCCACCUGGCAGGGCCUUGUGAGUGAGAGUUUCUGUCCUUUAUUUUGCUAAUAAAUGCCAUUUAUUUUA